UCUGAGCAGUAAGAAAUAGACAGAGCUAAAGAUGCGAUCCCAAUUCGUCCUGGUCUUCGGUCUUGUAGCCAUCUUGGCUGCUGCCCUCGCCGCUACAACUCCAUCUUCGAGCUCCACGUCGUCCACCUCGUCUACACCUUCAACUUCUUCCACGUCUUCGAGCUCUACUCCUUCGACGUCCUCCACUUCAUCCACACCUUCAACCUCGUCGACUUCGUCUUCCACUCCUUCCAGUACGACCUCCACGAGUCCUUCCUCGUCUUCCUCAUCUACGCCCAGCUCAUCAUCAUCCACUCCCUCUACCUCAACCACGUCCACUUCCUCCACCCCUUCCACUUCCAGUGACACGGACAGUGACACGGAUAGUGACACGGAUAGUGACACGGACAGUGACACAUCCCCCACUUCCUCCACUACCUCCACUUCCUCCACUUCCCCCAGUUCCUCUACUUCCACCGACGCCAAAGAGGCUAAGAAGCUGAGGAAGAGGGUUAACCAGCUGAAGAGGAAGGAGAAGCGAAUGGAAAGGCGAGAGAGGAAGCAGAGACGCAGGGAGAGGCGCCAAGCAAACCGCCAGUCGAGUCGUCGUGGAAGAAGGAACCGUCGCGGUUAGAGACUGGAAAACUGUCCUUGGAAAAUAAUUAAACCAACUUUGAUAAAAUGCUACAAAAAUGUCUACUUAAGAUCAGCUUGUCUUAAAAAUAAAAUACUAAAAUUUAAAAGCGUAAA